UCAGCUCAGGCAGGGAGAGAGUCAGGCAGAGAGGCAGAGAGAGAGAGAGAGAGAGAGAGAGUGAGAGAACAUGGCGUGCAGUGCUUCAGGUUGCGAAUCAAAUUGCUACAAAACCCAACAAGAAGAAGAUGAAGAUGUCAAAGACAACAACAAUUACAAAUCAAUUUCUACAAACACUAGAAACAACAACAGCAACAGUAAUUCGUGCCUCAAGUGCAAGGCCAAUCAACCCAUCUCUUCCAACACCGACGGCGGCGGCGACGAUGCGCGCUUCUGCGCCGAUUGCUUCCGCGGCAAUCUCUUCGGGAAGUUCAGGUUCGCUGUCACCUCCAACGCCAUGAUUUCUCCUACUGACAAUGUCCUCGUUGCCUUCUCCGGUGGCCCUUCUUCCAGGGUUGCUUUGCAGUUUGUACAUGAGAUGCAUAAUAGAGCACAGAAGAAUUUCGAUGCAAGUAGGGAUAGAUCGUUGCCAGUUUUUGGGGUUGGAGUUGCAUUUGUUGAUGAGAGUUCUGUUUAUUCUGUUCCGUCUGGUGAAGUAGAAAACGCAAUUGAAGAUAUUAGAUUGAUCGUGGAAGACCUAGCUCCACCAACAAAAGAACUGCAUGUUGUACCAAUUGAAAGUGUAUACUCUUCAGAUUCUGGUGAUGGAAGGGGUAGAUUAAAUCAGUUGUUAGAAGCUGUUCCAGAUGCUACUGGGAAAGAAGAUCUUCUGCUUCACAUGCGGAUGUUGGCAUUGCAAAAGGUUGCCUCUGAAAAGGGAUACAACAGACUUGUGCUCGGAUCAUGCAUAUCGAGGAUUGCUUGCCAUGUUAUUACAGCCACUGUCAAGGGCCAAGGAUAUUCUUUACCAGCUGAUAUACAAUAUGUUGACGCAAGGUGGGAGAUCCCAGUGUUACUUCCUCUUCGUGAUUGUCUUGCACGAGAGCUGACCAUGCUUUGCCGCCUUGAUGGUCUAAAAACUGUGGAGUUGAUAAGAAGUCCUAGUACUGGAAUAAACGGCUUGGUCUCAUCAUUCGUGACACUUUUGCAGGAAGAAAAUCCUUCUCGAGAGUGCACAAUUGUGAGAACUGCUGGAAAGCUUAUCCCAUUUCAUUUUAACGGAAUUCAAGAGAUAAAUGACUCUAAGGUUUCUUUGGAAACUCGAAGGCGUCUGAAGAGAUAUAACCUUAAACCUAAUGAAUCUUUUUCCUCAGAGUCAUUCUGCUUUAUCUGCAAUAGCCCACUCAGCCGAUCUGACUUGCUAAGUUUGAAGAAUUUUGAGGACCACAAAACAAGUUCUGUCUGCUGUUUAAGCUGCCAGUUUCAGAUACUUCCUGAAGACCCCUCAUCAAUAAAUCAAUUUUUUACUCUUUUUCCUCGGCAGCUGGCUGCUCGAGCAAAGCAUGACAAUCUUGACCAUUACAGUGUCCUCAGGGAACAAAUACAAGAUUGCUUGCUCUCAGAAGGUGAAGAUGAGACUUGAGCCGACUCGCCCAUGCCUGGGAUCCAUUUUUUAUGAAGGUAGUGAAAGAUUUGGUUCGUCAGAUUGUUUCUAAAGGAUAGUGGACUUGUGAUGCGAACAACAAUCACAGAACUGCAGGUAUCAAUUGACGAUGUUUGGUUGACAUCCGAGGCUGUUCUAAAUGUCCAACAGGCCAAUAAUUUAUGUUUGUCUUGAUGGCGUGCAUCAUAGGUUUGAAAUUCGAGCUUGGUUCAGUGAGAUUGUAUCGGGUUUGCGAAUUCUUCAGUUGUUUUUUUAUUGAUAACUAAAAACUGGGAAUGGCAUAGGCCUGUUUCAUCAACACUGUACGAGAAACACUCAAUUCUCUGAUAUUUUGGCAUUAGAAGAUUGACUAAAUUUUGUGCCAUUCAA